AGCUUCUGCGCCAUUUCAGUUGGUCUCGGGCGCCAUAACAAGCCGGUCGACCUGGCGGCAGCUGUUGACUGUGGAGCGAUUUUAACGCUGUUGUUCGGGGGAAGUCUGUGUGAUUUUUUUAAUUUUUUAAAAACGCAUCUGACGACAUAUUUGAGAGAAAACCGAGCGAGCUUUAUUACCAGCCCCGGCUUUUUGUGGAGAUUUCCGAGCGUAUUUUUGUUCUUUCGGCACCUUCCCUUCGUUUCCUUCUUCCGGUCAUGGCGGUUACCAACGAAGGUGGGCUCUCCCCUCAGGCACCACCACAAAGCCAGGGCCCAUCCGCCUGGUACCAGAAUCCGCAGCAGAACCAUGGAAGUCCUGAGCAGAAUGGGAGUUUUUCAGCACCUAUUGGAACGGGAACUGGGCAACCGAAAGCAGAAGGCACAAGUUUGAAAAAUACCGAAAAGCAAAAAUCUAGCAAGAAGACAGAUGAGAUGACAGUCUUUAUGGAUGACUUGACUUUGAGUUCACCAAAAGAAAGGUCUCGUUCAAGGUCAAGGAGCAGCUGUAGCAGAAGAUCAUCUUCAAGAUCAUCUAGUAGGUCAUCUUACUCCACAAGAUCAAGUUCAAGCACUUCCUCUUCCUCCAGAAGCUGGAGUAGGUCAAGAAGCAGAUCAAGAUUACGUGCUAAAAGAAAUUGUUCUUGGAGGUGCAGAAGGUAUUCAAGAUCUUAUUCCAGAAGCCGGUCAAGAUCACGUAGCUACAAAUACCGAGAAAGAUACCAUCCUAGAUACCAUAGGCGAUACCGCCGCUCUCCUCCAAGAUACAGAUCACGUAGUAGGUCUCCUGGAAGACCAUGCUAUAGAAGAUCUUACUCUAGAAGCAGGUCAAGAAGCCGAAGAUACUAUGGAUUUGGAAGAACCAUAUAUCCUGAGGCUUAUAGAAGCUGGAGAAGCCGUUCUCGAUCAAGAUCUCGCAGUAGAACCCCUCUUCGCUUGACUGAAAAAGAAAAAAAAGAGCUACUGGAAAUCGCAAAGGCCAAUGCAGCAAAAACUUUGGGGACAGACAAUGUGGUCCUGCCAGCCAGCUUGAAAAUUGGUACAAUAUCAAAAGAAAGUGAAAGCAGAAAGCCAAAUGAGGAGAGUGUAAAGACUAUGAAAUCAUGAAUAUGGUCUCCAGCACUGAUGAAGAAAAUCUGGUGAAUGCAUUGUGGCAGGGUCACUGGCCCUAAAACCAGCAACUGUUCCUUUUAAAGAAGCCACACUGUCCUCAGGAAAAGACAAGAAAAAAGAGACCCCAUCUGGUCAAUGGAUUCCUGUUGGGAACGAGGAAAAUGUUAUGUUCCAUAACAUUUCACCUAAAAGUACAUCCUCUAGAGCAUGCCAGUACCCAUGAUCUGUUUGAGCUGUUGAGGCAUUAUGGGGUUUGAAAUCCUCUCAAAAUUCAGGGUUUAAAUACAGAAUGCUUAAAACUGUAUUAAUUUGAGAUUUGGUUUAUUUUCCAGAUAUACUAUGGGAGUUAUAUAGAGGUCCAGAAAUUACAGGUUGGAAUCUUACAUUUCUGUAAAUAACUUUUCAUGUGGCUGUAAUAGACUAAAUUACAGGUGGGUAACUUUUCUCCUUGUGAGUCAUGUAGCAACUUCUAGUGUUUAAUGUGAGUGUAGCUUAAUUACUGUACUACAUAUAAAAUUAUUUUUUCUACACUUUUAAUACUUUUCAAGUCAACACUUUAAAAAGUGUGAUUUAUGGCUCCUGGUGGUAAUUCAGCUGGCUUGUGUAGCUUCCCACAUUCCUGUUUAACCUGAACACCACCAUAUUUUGCUAGUGGCAGAAGGAUAAGCAAAGAAAAUUCUACUUGUGCUCUUGAAGUGGCAAAACUUUGAAUUUUCAGUUGCACAAGGUUAAAAUAUUUUUUGUCUGCUGUCUUGUUAUGGAACCAGCAUAAUUGCUCUCAUGUUGCACUUUUAGUUAGAAGUAAAACAUUUGCAAUGUCAGCUAUGACCUGAGCUUGUGCAUGUUCCAAGUACAACUGCUAAGAGCCUAGUGCUAGAUAUAUAAAUUCAGGUUUUUUUGUAGUUUGCUUAUAAUGUUGUAAUGCAAACAUAAGGUAGAAUUUAAGUAGACUGCCUUUCAAGCAGAAGGGUUUGGUUGGGGCAAAGUUUAUGUCAGAUGAAAGUAGGUAUUAGGUAAUCCCUAUAUUGUAUGGAUGUGUUGCUAUUGCUAAAUGUGAUUAGUUCAUAUGACAUUUAAGGAGAAAGCUAGAUUUUGUGACUUGACUUAAAAGCUAGAGAUAAGAUCACUUGCACAAGCAGCACCUUUCUUUUAAUAUGCAUAAAACUGGACUACGUGUAUAAAAUAAAAACUUUUAAAUAAACCUA